AACCGUUUCCCCCAUCGAGACGCGGCUCAGUGUACGGCAGAAUCUCGAACCGAACAAACACAAAUAUAAUAACAUACAAUGUUGGUCCUUCGAGCGUUGUUCUUGACGCUCUUCGUCGUUUACCAGGCCAACGCUUUGGCCGAAUUGGAGGAAGUGUUUGCCUGGAAGGAGUUGACUUUUGACUGGCCCAAUGAGGAUGCCAAGAACGCCGCUAUCAAAGAUGGAGAAUACGUGCCCGAGAACAAUUUGCCUUUGGGGCUGGACAGGUGGAAGAAUAAGCUGUUCGUUACUGUGCCCAGAUGGAAAAACGGAGUGGCAGCAAGUCUUGCAUACGUUCCACUGGACGCCCCAAUAAACAAGAGCGCAACAUUCAUACCGUAUCCAGACUGGAAAGCCAACACAAUCCCAAAAGGCGAUACCAAACCCGAAAGUGAUAAUCAUAUCAUCUCCACAUUCAGAGUUUCUGUGGACCCUUGUGACCGACUUUGGGUUAUGGACACCGGAUUAGCUGACAUUUUGGGAAGCCCCAAACAGAUUUCUCCACCUGCAGUAGUCAUCUACGACUUGAAUACCAACACUCUCCUCAAGAGAUACACUUUGAAAGAACACGAGGACGUCAAAGCGAGUUCUUUCUUUGCCAAUAUCAUUGUGGAUGUCACCAAAGAUAAUUGCGAUGAUGCCUACGCAUACUUGCCCGACCUGGGAGGCUACGGUGUUGUCGUUUACUCCCUCAAAAACAACGACUCCUGGAGAUUUAAACACAACUACUUCCAUUUCGAUCCUUUGAACGGCGACUUCAAUGUCGGCGGAGUCAACUUCCAAUGGACAGACGGUGUAUUUGGAUUAGCCCUGGGACCACAAGACUCUACAGGUUUCCGUACUGUAUACUUCCAUCCAUUGGCCAGCUUGAACGAAUUCUCAGUUAGUACAUCUGUCUUGAAAAACAAAACUUUAGCUGAUGACCCUCAUAUCUACAAUCUUUUCAAAUUGGAAGGUAAAAAAGGAGACAAGACUCAAACUUCAGCUUCAGUUUUCGAUGAAAAGUCAAACUCCUUGAUCCUUACCCAGUUGAAUAGAGAUGGCGUUGCUUGCUGGAAUCCUAAGAAGCCACUGAACUCUGACAACUUUGCUUUGAUCGCCCAUGAUCCUGAGAAGCUAAUCUUUACCAAUGAUAUUAAGAUUGACGAUGAAAGAAAUUUAUGGAUCCUCUCAGACAAAAUGCCCGCUUUCAUCUAUAGAAAACUGAACCCUCAAGAGGUCAACUAUAGAAUACUGAAAGUAAAAGUAGAUGACGCUAUUGCCGGCACUCCGUGUGUUGCUUAAUAUUUAAGUAACUGUUAUAACUAUUAAUAUUUAAGAAUAUGAUUUUAGUAAUAGUCAUAAAUUAGAUAUUUGUUCAUAUUUUUCAUGAAUAAUAAUAAACCGUUAAGAUCUUUUUAGGCAAAG